GCGUGCCUGUGUGUGCUGCUGUUGCUGUCAUCACAGAUGUACCCCCAGCUGUCACUCCAUUGCCCGGUCUCUUUCGCUUGAGCACACGCUUCUCUCACUCUCCCUCUCUCUCUGUUUGUUAUUGACCCAGGAGCCCCAUCCCCCUUGCAUGCUGAAAGACUGUCAUUGCAUCUUCCCUGUGCUGCGUGCUGGGAGCCAGUGUCCCGCUCUUGUGGCAAGGGUGGUGAGAAAGGCUGGUGGGUCAGGGAAGACCCUGGCAUUAAUUCUGCCGAGGCUCUGUCCGCCGGUGCCAUUCGGAUUUUUCCAGGGAUCCGGGCAAGGUUUCAUUCGAAGGUUUAGCUGUGUGAUCUGAUGAGACCGCAGGCCAGUUGGAGGACCAGUGUGCAGCUGCUGCAGCAUGAACCCCUAAGCUGAUGAGCCUUAUUAUAGACUUGUUUGCGGAAGACAGCACAUUCCAGUUCACCUCCAAAGAGACAAGGGGAGCUAGAGGCUGUCCCUGGGGCACGCCUCUGCCCCCCUCUUUUCAGCUGAAGCCCUGGGAAGGGCUGAAUCACUGCCACCUCAGUGCACAUGGACUGACAAGGCAGGACAAAUCGGGGCUCCACUGUCUCCCAAGAGAUCAGGGGCCAAGAGAAGCUGUAGGGUUCAGCACCAUGCUGGCACUGGGCAUUGGGCAGUGCUGGAGAAGCAAGCUUUCCCUGAGGUGGAGACAGCUCUCCUGGAUUGCCUGCUGGAUUUCCCUGUAUGCAGCAGAGACUCUCCCCACCUGCCCUUUCUCCUGUAAAUGUGACAGCCAAAGUCUGGAAGUGGAUUGCAGUGGCUUGGGGCUCUCCACAGUGCCUCCAGACGUGCCUGCUGCUACCCGUACCCUUUUACUCUUGAACAACAAGUUGAACAUUCUGCCUAGUUGGGUUUUCUCCAAUCUGUCAAGCCUUCAGAGGCUCGAUCUGUCCAACAACUUCCUGGACCAGCUGCCUCACUCUGUAUUUGGGGACCUGGUGAACCUAACUGAGCUUCAACUUCGCAAUAACAGCAUAAGGACCCUGGACAGGGAUCUCCUGCAGCACGCACCCCUCCUCCGACACCUGGACCUGUCCAUCAAUGGCCUGGCACAACUGCCCCCUGGCCUCUUUGAUGGACUCCUGGCCCUGCGUUCUCUCUCACUCCGCUCCAACCGCUUGCAAAACCUUGACCGGGUGACAUUUGAACCACUAGUGAGCCUACAGCUGCUUCAGGUUGGGGACAACCCUUGGGAAUGUGACUGUAACUUGCGAGAGUUCAAGCACUGGAUGGAAUGGUUCUCCUAUCGCGGGGGACGCCUAGACCAGCUGGCCUGCACGAUGCCCAAAGAGCUGAGAGGGAAAGACAUGCGGAUGGUUCCCAUGGAGAUGUUCAACUAUUGCUCUCAACUGGGGGAGAGCAGCUCAGCUGGGUUGGAAGUGUCUGGGCCUCCCUGUACCAAGGCCAGCCUAGAGCCUGUUAAGCCCAAGCCUGGGGCUGAGCCAGAACCAGAGCCCAGCACAGCCUGCCCCCAGAAACAGCGAUAUCGGCCAGUUAGUGUCCGUCGGGCCAUUGGUACUGUCAUUAUUGCUGGUGUGGUCUGUGGCAUUGUCUGUAUCAUGAUGGUGGUGGCUGCCGCUUAUGGAUGCAUUUAUGCCUCCCUCAUGGCCAAGUAUCACCGGGAGUUAAAGAAGCGCCAGCCCCUGAUGGGUGACCCAGAGGGUGAGCAUGAAGAUCAGAAGCAGAUCUCCUCUGUGGCAUGAGACCUCCCCACCCCCAUCUGGCCUUAGUAGGAAGAGCUGGGAAAGAAAGCCAGGGACUUUAGCAAGCCCCUCUCUUAGGCAACUCUCCAGCACCCCUUCCUCUCUAUCCCGAGUUUCUGUUGUUCAGUUCCUGUCUCAGUCUGAUCACAGAACACUGCUUUCCUGGAUCCCACCUUCCUCCCGUGCCCAACCAGGCAAAGAAACCACAGCCCAGCUGCCUCAACGAACCAGAGUCCUUGGAAUUUCUCUGGAAACUCUCUCAAUUUACUCCCUCAUCAGACAUUUGUGUGUAAUUUCCAAAGGUUCUGCCUAAUAGGAAGAACAGAUGAGGGCAGAGGGGAAACCUCUGGUGAAGAAGGGAGGUUUUUGCAAUCAUGUUUUACCCUUCCUCUCACUCUCCUCUGGGUGGAAUCAUGGCUGUGAUUCUUCCAGCAUUUUGCCUUCAAGAUGCUAGAGGAAGGGAGUCAUGGGAAUGGGGGGAGGAGGGGCUCAGAGGAAUAUUUCUGCUAAUCUGUCUUUUAGGUUUGGAAAGAUACGUUUAACCUUCCUUCAGGGCAAAAGAUGGUUCCAUUUUUUAGGCUCUGGUACAGCCACAGGAAUAAAACCUACCCUACUCUUAUCAAUACAGCUAUAUGAGUAUAUACAUCCUUCUUACACUGCAAAUGUAGUUAUGACCCUAAAUCUGGCAUAAUCUUCAAAUACUCCCUGCCCUCAUUGCCCCCGAAUUCACAAAGACAAACUCACAUGCUCAUAGCAAUAUGAACAAAACUCUGUUGAUUUAGGAGUCUUCACACGGGACAGAUUCAUGCAUACACCUUCACACAAAGAUACAGUGUAGCUGAGAUGUCACUUUCCCCACAACAGAGAGUCAUCUGUUCAACCAAUGGGGGAGAGAAACCCAAAUCCAACAGCACAAGGAUUCUUUUGCUAUCUGCUAAAGUGGGAUAAAGUAUUGUUUCUGGACCAGACUGCCUAUCACCAUGGUAACCAACUCAAACCUAGCAUGUUGGAUAUUCUGGGGACACCUGCCCCAGAGGCCUCAAAGCUAUAGUGCUUGUGGCUGGUGCAAUAUUAGGAACUCAGACUCAUAUCACAGAAUACUUAAUCAGUUCAGACUACACAGAUCAGCACUGCUAGGCACAGUUAGGACACUCACCUCUGCAUACUGCAACCCAGUUUCUCCUCUAGAGUCUGAGUUCUGAAAAAGGAAACUAGCAUGCCUCUUACUUCACCUAUGCUCCGAUGUGUGAUUUUGGGCAAAGGAGCAGAGCUGGAUCAUCCUUGGAUAAUGCUGUUUGGCCUGGUGAUGCCCCUUUGUGGGGGAAGCAGGGACAUGGAACUGGGAAAGUGAGUGUCAGGUAGAGAGAAUAAUGUUCCUCACUGAAGCUCACUGCCAACCUGAGUGCCCAAGGGGGAUAUUCCCCUACAAUCCCUUCUGGUGCUUGGAGAAGGGUGCGUUCCUCUUCCAGGCAUAGGUAAGCAUGGGUCCACUGGGGAAUCUGACUGUUUGGUCUUGUUCCUCAGAGUCUUUAAUUACAGCUAAACUAAGGACCAGAAUCUGAGCCAGGAGGCUAUAGAUUUGGAUUCUUAAUGUAGCCAAUAGUAAUGGGAUACAUAAUAUACUAAGAAUGUAUGAGUAGAGUGGGGAUGGAAGAAGAAGGUCGUGGAGGAAUUAUGGGAACCCUAGUAUUUCUCCCUGCUUUUCCUCUUCUUCCUCCUUUAUUCUUCUUCCUUCUCAUUAUGAGUUUGAUGCCUGGUGAUGUUUUUCAUCAUUCCCUGGGAAUACCUUGAUCUUCUCUUUUCAGGUCAGUGGUUUCCCAAGGAACAUCUGAGGGGCUAGAAGGCACCCAACUGGUUAAUGGGGUGUCUUAGGAGGAUAAUAUAAGGAAAAAGUGCAUCUAAAGCACAGGCAAGAAGAGGGAUGGGGGAAGAUGGCAGGGUAUGACUGGGCUGGUCCUGGUUGCCUUUCACCCACUCCCCCAAAUCUGCAUAUGUAGGCUAUGGGGAAAAAAGGGAAUGAGAUGUAAGGUGGGCAUAGUGGGGGAGGCAUGUUUGAGAAGGUGCUUCCCCCAGCUAAACUGGGGAGUGGAUACCAUUGGCAUAAGCUCAAUCAACCCUUCCCUUGGGUAGGUGGGCCUUCCCUCUUCUAUAUGGGUUGGCAGUAGACCUGAUUGUUGUUAUUAUUGUUUUUAAUAGGGGUGGAGGGGUGGGGGAGGGGAUUAAAAAUGGCGGUGUCUUCAGCACAAGGCAGGAGAUUUUUAAAGGCAAAAUUAUAUUUCUUGUUUGUUGUUUCAGAAGAACAAUAAAGACUGUAUUUUCCUAUA